CGAACUUCAAAACCCUCCAAGCCGGCGUCUAUCGGCGGCAACCGCCGCAUUCACAAAUUCCCAAUAUCUGAAUCUAGGGUUCCGCAACCAUCCCCCAAUGAUGUUCGGAGCUCAGUCUUCCUCCUCGGCCUUCGCCACCCCUUCAUCCACUCCCGCAUUCGGCACGCCUUCAACUCCGGCGUUCGGUUCAUCGCUCUUCUCCACACCAUUUUCGCAACAAUCCCAACCUCAGCAGCAGCAAACUCCGUCGCUGUUUCAGACGCCUCAGCAGCAGCAGCAAACUCAACCGCUGUUUCAGACGCCUCAGCAGCAAACUCCGUCGCUGUUUCAGACGCCUCAGCCGCAACAACAGCAGAGCCCCUUCGGCUUCACCACGCCGUUUAAUUCAGCGCAGCAACAGCAACAGCCAACUCUUUUCAAUAAUGCUCCUUCAACCAAUUUCAUGAAUCAGCAAUUGACUACUCAGAUGGCCCCAGUUGCUCCUCUUCCGUUUUCUCUAGCCGAUCGCGAUAUUCAAGCGAUUGUGGAUGCAUACAAAGAAGAGCCUGGGAACCUUAAGUAUGAAUUUAAGCAUCUGUUGUUUAGUGUGACUGAACCUCAGUACAGGUCAAAGCCUGCUGGUGUAUCAGAUAUCAUGUGGGCAGAAUCAAUAGCAAAACUAGAAGGCAUGGAAAGCUCCAAAAGAGAACGAUUGUGGCCUCAACUUGUGCAAGGUUUCAAAGAUCUUUCCCAGCGCCUUAAGCUUCAAGAUGAAGUCAUACUGUCAGAUUCCGAGAGACUGAAGUUGACCCAGAGCAAUGUGAAGAUGCUCCAAAGGCAUUUUCAAGCUGACACGCUUCCCUGGAUCCAAAAAAUGCAACAGAAAGAGCAAGUCCUUCAAAGGCGUCUUUUGAGGGCAAUGAGAAUAAUAGAGGCACUGGAGGGUAAAGGUUGUCGAGUACCUCUAAUGAAAGGAGAAGUAGAAUUAGCAGAGAAGUUGGCUGCAACAACGAGACAGUUAAAAGGAUCUGGAGCAGAACUUUCUAGACGGGUUCAAAAUCUACUCAUGGUAUCUCGCCUUCAAGCAGACAGCCUAAUUGGUAGCUCAAUGUAUCUGCCAGGAUCAACCAAAAUUCAUGAACAAAGUCUAUCUGAUAUGCAGGAGGUAUUGCAACGGCAAACUGAGGCUAUUGCGAGACUGGGCAAUGUGCUGAAGCGGGAUGUGAGAGAUAUGGAAAUCAUAAUGGCUGAAGAUACAGAUACAGAAAUGACCCAACAAGACUAAUUUCAAAGUGAAUUCUGUAGCACUCACUUCCCUUCAAUUGUACUAUAACAAUUUGUUUGCCUAGUCAAAGUUAAUUCCCCUCAUUUUAGUCCUAUAUUGUAACAAUGCUCAAACUUAAUUCAUGCUAAUGUUUUAGACAUAUAACUACUUCAUUUGGUUGUGUGUA